AUGGUUGACGAAGGAAAGCUGCAAUGCUAUCACAAAGGAUGUGGACUUAUGUUCGACCCAACGGAAAAUAAUAGCGGUAAGUUUUCUGAUUUAAAGAAAUCUGUUCAAAUUCGAUUCUCAGAAGCUUGCACUUACCACCCAGGCGCUCCCUACUUCCAUGAUGCUUAUAAAAUUUGGACGUGUUGUGAUAAGAAGAGCACCGACUUCGGAACCUGGAUGGGUUACAAGGGAUGCACUCGUGGAAAGCAUAGUAAUGAAAAACCAGUAGACAUUGUGAAAGUGGCAGCUGUUAAAGAAAUUCGACCAGAAAAGGAGGAAGACGUUAUUGUUUGGAAAGGACUCAACAAGUCUGGAAAGUCGGAGAAAAACGAUUCAUCGGAAAGAGUUGAAGUAACCUUAAAUGUAGAAGUGACUCCCGGAGCUACUGCGGCUAUCGAAAGAAAACUCAAAGAAGUCGCCGAGGCAGCUCAGAGCGAAGACGUCCAAAUUGGAGCUCCGUGCCGGAAUAACGGAUGUACAGCUGAGUACGACGGAACAAAAAGCUCACAUGGAUGCGUACAUCAUCCUGGAACGGCAAUAUUCCACGAAGGAAUGAAGUACUGGUCGUGCUGUAAAAAGAAAACCUCCAACUUCGGAACGUUCCUUGAGCAAGUGGGAUGUACUGCAUCAGAACACAAAUUCAGAAAUAAUGAAGUUGUCAGUAAAUUCCGGGAAGAUUGGUUCUCUAGUAAUGGUUUCGUAACUAUCAAUGUCUAUUGCCGUGGAGCUCUGCCAGAAACGGCCAAUAUCGUCUCUGACGGGCACACCCUUCGUGUCACCAUGAAGCACGGAUUUGGAAACGCCGACGUGGAUCUCGAUUAUGAUUUGUGGGAUGAGUUUUGCCGGAAGAAAGUCGAGUAG